AUGCCACGCGGCCUCGCGCCGCUGCUGCUCGGGCAAGACGCUCCGGCGCCUGGCGACUGGUGGGCCGCCGCGCUCCGGCAGGAGCCGCCGCGCGGCGCCCAGCGCGCCCUCCGCCGCGCGGCCGCCUUCGCCGCUCACCCCGCAGUUGCCUCUGGGGCGGCUCCGGCGCUGCACGGCGCCCACGCUCACCCUGCGGGGGCCCACGGCGCCGCGCACCCGGCGGCCGCGCACCCGGCGGGCGCCCACUCGGCGGGCGCCCACGCCGCCGGCCCCCCGGGUGCCGCGGCGGCGGCGCCGGGGGCGGGUCCGGCGCUGCAGGGCGCCAGCGGCCAUUCGGGCCACCCUGCGGCGGCGGCGGCGGACCCGGCGCUGCAAGGCGCCCACGCCGCCGGCCAUGCUCUGGGUGACCCUGCGGCGGCGGGGGCGGAGCCGCCGCUGCACGGCACCGCGGGCGCGGCGGAUCCUGGCCUUCUCGGUGGCGAGGCUCACGGCCCGCUUCCCGCAGACAGCGCUGCGGUGCCGGCUGCAGGCGACCUCGCGGGCGGUGGGCCGCCGGGCCCCGAUGGGGAGCCGGGCCCCGCCGAGGGGGGCGCCGAGGAGGCACUGGAGCAGGCCUUCCCCGAGGACCUGCAGAAGGCCUCCUUGCGGAUGCUCCAGAGGCACCUGGAGCCGGGUGCCGAGUUCCCGCCCGAGCUCCGCGAGGCGGCUGCUUCGGUGGAGCGGUCGGGGCGCUUGCUGCAGACCUGGGUCAAACGCCGGCAGCUGCUCGCCGAGGCGCUGCCCCAGCUCGGCGACCACCUGGAGAAGUGCUACAGGGAGGACCUGGAGGACGUCGCGCUUUUGAAAGAGGACGAGGGCGAGGGCGCCGAGGGCGCGAUGGAGGGUCAAGAGGCGGGUGGCGCCGAGGGCCUCGUCGGCGGCGAGGGCCUCGAUGCGGCUGGCGGCCACACCGGCGGCCACGGUGGCGAGGUCCCUGCUGCGAAUGCGCACGGCGCCCACACCACCACGAUGUUAGACGUGACUCGGUUGGCCCAGGCGGCGCAACCACGGCCUCGUUCAGGACCUGCCCACGCCCAGACCGCCAUGAUCGGCGAUCUGGGACAAGUGGGGGACACCGGCGGCGAUAUGGAAGGCGUAUUGAACAUGAGGAGGUACGAGCACCUCGCGAACAGAGGCCAGCCCAGCGAAUUGAGGGCGGCCGCGGGUCCAGAGAAGCUGGCCAAGACGAGGAAUCAGAACCUCAUGGUGGGGGCCCCGGGCCCGCACCUCAGGCCGCUGGCGCAGUUGCGCCAGUGCCAGGAGGCGCAGCCGGACCUGGAGCCCCGGGUGCUUUGGCCGCCAGUCCGGGUCUUGCUGGUGGCGUUGCUGCAGGUGGCCCCAGCGGCGGCGCUGUCGCUCGCGCCGCGGCGCCAGUCAGCUCUGCUGGUCCCGCUGGUCCUGCCCAGCGCCGGUGGUGCUCACGCGGCGCCCGCGCCCGACGCGGCAGCCCCUGGGCAUCAUGCUCCGCUGGCGCCGCAGCUCGACGCGGCAGCCCCUGGGCAUCAUGCUCCGCUGGCGCCGCAGCUGGGCGGCCCUGUCGGCCACCAGGCGGCCGCGGCGGGCGCGCCAGGCGAGGCCGCCGCGGCGAACCCGCCCGGCCACGACGCGGCCGCGAUGGGCGCGCACCAUGGGAUGGCGGGCAUGGCGGGAGGCGCUGUCCCGGGGAUGCCGGGGGCGCACGGGCAUCCACACCCGCACGGGGGCCCAGAGGCGCCCGCGCCGAAGCUCGACUACGACUGCUCGCAGGGGCUGCGCAUCCCCGCGCAGGUGUUGGUCGGGCGCAAGGCGGUGAGCGCCGCCUACUGGGACUUCGACAGGAGCCUGGAGCUGGCGGAGAGGAAGGUGGGCCGUGCCCUGGACCGCGCCACCGUCCAG